CGCGCGUGACUUCGCGGAUUGAAAUUCCAUAUAUCAUUAUCGGACCGUUCAGUUAACACGCGCUUUUCGAUGCGAACGAUCGAAUUUUGAUCAUAGAUUCAUAGUGUUUGAAAACUAAUAUUUUUUUAAGUAUGGAAAUCGAAAUAGAUAUGUUAAUUAACGAAGUAGAAAAAAGGCCUGCCAUAUGGGACAUGACAACGCAUGAGUACUCAAACCGAACGAUGAAGAGAAGAAGUUGGGAAGAGUUGGUGCUUAUCUUUGGUAGUCCUGAAGAUUCAGAAGAGAAAAAGAAAAAUUUAGGAUUAGAAUUACAAAAGAGAUGGAAGGGUAUUCGAGAUGCAUAUGUAAAGGAAGUAAAAAAAAUGAAACAAGUUAAGUCUGGAUCGGGAGCAGUGAAGUCGUCAUAUUUAUAUUAUAGAAGGUUGCAAUUUCUACAGCCAACAAUAAAAAAAAAUUCUACCGAGAGCAAUUUUAAAACUGCAGAUGUUGACGGUGAUACAAAUUUAGAAUCAGCGACUGAAAAUCCGAUUGAGGAAAAUAGUUCCAUAGUUUCAAAUGAAGAAGGUACUUUCAAAAGUCCUCUUCAGCAACGAAAAAAAAUAAAACUUCAUCCUGCUGAUGAGCACUUUGCCAACAUCAUAGAAAAAAGUUUAAAUCGCAAGAAUACUGUAGAAAAAAAAGAAGACGAUGAAGAUAAAUUAUUUUGUUUAUCUUUAUAUAAAGAAAUUAAAAAAGUACCAGAUGCAAUGCGUUUAAAAACUAAAAUCGAAAUUUAUAACCUACUUUUAAGAAAUCAAUCAAUACAAACUAAUCCUCAACCUUCAAGUACAGAUAUCUCUAAAUCCAACCAUGUAUCCACAUCUUACAGCCAACAAAAUAUGCAACGAUAUGCAUACCCACAAUAUGAUCGUCCAAAUUAUACAACUAUUCCAUACGAUACGCUUCGUCAAAAUCAAAUUUACACUCAAUUUAACCAAAAUAUGGAACCUCUACAAACUCCUUCACCUUUAUCUACUAAUAGUGAGAUUUCUCAAGAGUCGUCAGAUCUUGAUUUAUUUGCAUAAAAAAUAAUUUAACUGAUAUAAUAAAUAAGGUGAUUCUUUUGUAUUGUUUUUUAAUGUUUUUAAAGU